UAAUUGUCGCUGUGGUUACGUGUUUCUUGGUUGCGUCUUUUGUUACCUGUCCCAAAGUGGAGUCUUAUAAAGUCACUGUUGAUUUGUAACCAGAAUUAUAUAUCAGUAGUCGUCGUAAAAGUAAGUCACUGGCUCACUUUGAGUUUAACUAAUCGGCUCAAUCUUCCUCCCGAUCAUGCUGAACCAAAUACGGCGGCGUUGUGUUCAGGUCCUAACCUCUUGUGAAAUUAAGGCGUGGCCAAGAGCAUGAAUAGGUUGGCUUGGGAAAGAAAGGACACAAUCUGCUGAAAGCGACACAACAACACAAUGAGUGCAGACUGGAAGAGGAAGAUUUGCAUUGCUGUUCUGGUGGCACUGAACGGUGCGGCGGCGCUGGCCUUCAGCAUGCAGGUGACCUGGCCUGGUCGAGUGACAGCCGGGUCCAGAACCACCUUCACGUGCUCGUCCUCCUGCUUAGAAAACUGCUCCUACUCUUGGUCCUUCAAGGGUCGCAGGGCCAACGGGAGCGCGCUGGUCUGGGCGCCGGAUGGGCGGGACUAUUCUGUGGAGCUGCAGUGCACCGUUCUCAGUCACGGAACUGGGGCCUCCGGCACCGUGACCUCCAUUGUGGACAUUAAAAAUCCAGUAUCGGUACAAAUCAGUCCACCUGGUGCCGUCCCAUCUCUGGAGAGUCCUGUGGAUCUGCUUUGCCACGUUGCUGCACCUUCAUCUCCCACCUUGCCUGUGGAGCGCACGGUCACGUGGUACAAGGAUGGCCAGAGAGUGGCUUCAGGGGAGAAUGUGCUUCAUUUUGACUCUCUGCUGCCAUCUGAUGGCGGCUUCUACCAGUGUGACACAGCGCUGACCCAGAGUCCAGUUCUCAGUCUGGGUUACCUGCUGAGCUUCGAUCCAUGGAAUGUGAGCAUCAGUGGGCCUGACUCUGCCCUCCCAGACCGACUGAGCGCGUUCACCUGCUCGACGUCUUGCACUUUGAACGUGGACUGCACCGUGAGAUGGUCGUUUAAGGGAGGCUUCCCCUUAGGAAGUUACCUCUCGGUGUAUCAGAACGAGCUCUCUUGGAUUCCCUCGGUGCCGGGCACCUUCCAAAAUUUUACAUGCGUUGUGGAAAAUCCAGCGGCUGGUCGCUCUGCUGAGGCGACUAAGAUGGUGGAAGUUAAAGGCAUGCCACCUUCUGGGUCUCGAAAUCUUACUGGACUAUCCACUUUGGUUUUAAGCUUGGCUCUGCUGCUCAUUGCUAACUAAGAAAUAUCGAUCCAUCCAUUUUUCCACCACUUGUCCCAUUUGGGGUCGUGGGGAGCCUGCAUCAGCUGCAUUCUGGCGGAAGGCGGGUGUGACCGACUUCUCAAGCCGUUGUGCGGGUUCCAAGGACCGUCAAGGAAGGACAUAGCGGUGGAAAAGACUGCUUUUCAGCUGCUCCGUCUUCCGCUCGGUCUUCGGUUUGCCUUUCUGCUUCGGGCGUCGUCGCCUCUCUCGCGCUCUGUCUUUCUCUCUCUCAGCGUCAGCUUCCCUCUGGCUCCUUCUCGUCUCUCCGCUUCUCUCCCUGACGUUCACGCCUGUGGCCCUUUUUAUACAGUGCAAGAGGAUUAAUCAAUCUUCCCCAGGUGCGCGAUCCAUGCACCUGAUCUUGAUUGCGGCCUUGCUCCCGGCGCGCCCCGCCUCGCCGCUCGCUCGCCUUCUACGACUCCUCGCGGCCAUCUUGGGCUGGGCUAUGGGGUGCCCUGCCUCACUGUCGGACUGCCGGCUCCGCCUCUCCACAGCGGGGUACACCCUGGACAAGUCGCCACCUCAUCGCAGAGCCACAUUCACACACUAGGGACAAUUCAGUGUUGCCAAUCAACCUAUCCCCAGGUGCAUGUCUUUGGAGGUGGGAGGAAGCUGGAGUACCCGGAGGGAAUCCAUGCAGUCCUGUGAUUUUUUUUUUCCACCACACACACACAUACAGUAUAUAUA